AUCAGAUUUUCCAGCAAUAUGGAAGCCAGAAAUCACACAGAAGUUUCAAGAUUUCUUCUUCUUGGACUGACAAGCAACUCAGACCUGCAGACUACCUUCUUUAUCCUGUUCCUUUUCAUAUACUUGGUCACUCUUCUGGGAAACUUACUCAUCAUAUUGGCUGUCAGUUCUGACUCCCAGCUCCAUACUCCCAUGUAUUUCUUUCUAACCAAUCUAUCCUUUAAUGAUAUCUGUUUAAGCACAAGCACAAUUCCAAAGAUGCUGGUGAGCCUCCAAACACAUAAUCAGAGCAUCACUUACCUAGGCUGUCUCGCUCAGGCCUGCUUUGUAACAAUUUUUGCUGGUUUAGAAAAUUGUCUCCUUGUUCUAAUGGCCUAUGACCGCUAUGUGGCCAUUUGCCACCCAUUAAGGUACACAACCAUCAUGAACCCCUGCUUCUGUAGCUUUCUUUCCAUACUUUCUGUAUUAAUUAGCAUUCUGGAUUCCCUGCUUCACAGUCUGAUGAUGCUGCGUCUUUCCUUCUGCACAAAACUGGAAAUCCCUAAUUUUUUCUGUGAACAUGCUCAGAUUCUCAACCUUGCCUGUUCUGAUACUCUCAUCAACUACAUCCUCAUAUAUUUUAUGAUGAUUGUUUGGGGUGGUGGGAGUGCCUCCGGAAUAAUUUUCUCCUACAUUCAAAUUGUCUCUUCUAUUUGGAAAAUACCGUCAGCGAGGGGGAAAUACAAAGCUUUCUCCACCUGUGGAUCUCACCUCUCAGUUGUUUUCUUAUUCUAUGGAACAUGCUUUGGUGUGUAUAUCAGUUCUGCACUGACUCAUUCUUCCAGUAAGACAGAAAUAGCUUCGGUGAUGUACGCUGUGGUUCCUCAAGUAAUGAACCCUUUUAUCUACAGCCUGAGGAAUAAGGACAUGAAGGAAGCCCUGAGGAAAGUCAUUAUUAGGGUGCCGUCCCUA